AUGGAAAAAUUGCUCUGCAGCAUCCUGGUGUUUGGAAUGGCUGUCAUGGUCAACGCUUGUCCCAAAUAUUGUGUCUGUCAGAACCUGUCUGAGUCCCUGGGCACUUUGUGUCCCUCCAAGGGUCUCCUGUUUGUACCACUAGACAUAGAUCGAAGAACUGUUGAACUCCGACUUGGGGGCAACUUUAUUAUUAAUAUCAGCCGACAGGACUUCGCCAAUAUGUCUGGACUUGUUGACCUUACUUUGUCCAGAAACACUAUCAGUUACAUACAGCCCUACUCUUUCACUGACUUGGAGAGCCUUCGAUCUUUACAUCUGGACAGCAACAGGCUGCCUGACAUUGGAGAGGAUAUUUUGAGAGGCUUAAUUAACCUUCAGCAUUUGAUUUUAAACAACAACCAGCUAAGCAGCAUCUCUGAUGAAGCGUUUGAGGAUUUUUUGCUGACAUUGGAAGAUCUAGACCUUUCCUACAAUAACCUCCGAAGCAUUCCCUGGGAAUCUAUAAGGAAGAUGAUUAACUUGCACCAGCUCAGUUUAGAUCAUAACCUGAUAGAUUAUAUUACAGAGGGGACGUUUGCUGAUCUUCAGAAAUUGGCCAGAUUGGAUCUAACAUCCAACAGACUUCAGAAGCUCCCCCCUGACCCUAUAUUUGCCAGGUCGCAAGUAAUUCCAUUAGCUGUUACCCCAUUUUCUCCACCUUUGUCUCUCAGCUUUGGGGGCAACCCACUGCAUUGCAACUGCGAGCUACUGUGGUUAAGGCGACUUGAUAGAGAUGAUGACAUGGAAACUUGUGCUUCUCCUCCAGGCCUAAAGGGAAGGUACUUCUGGUAUGUACGGGAAGAAGAAUUUAUUUGUGAGCCUCCUCUUAUUACACAACAUACUCACAAGUUGCUGGUUUUGGAAGGGCAAACUGCCACGUUGAAAUGCAAAGCCAUUGGGGAUCCCACCCCCAUCAUUCAUUGGGUGGCUCCUGAUGACCGUCUCAUUGGGAACUCUUCAAGGACAGCUGUCUAUGACAAUGGUACUUUAGAUAUCCUCAUCACCACCUCCAAGGAUUAUGGGACUUUCACAUGCAUAGCAGCCAACGCUGCUGGAGAGUCCACUGCAACGAUUGAGCUCUCAAUUGUUCAGCUCCCCCAUCUCAGUAACGGCACAGGCCGAGCAGCACCACCAAAAUCCAGGCUCUCAGACAUUACCAGCUCCAGCAAGUCUAAUCGUGGGGAAGCAAAAGGCCCACCAGAAAGGGCUGUCCUGGUGUCAGAUGUCACCACUACCUCAGCUUUGGUCAAGUGGACAGUGAGCAAGUCGGCCCCUCGGGUAAAAAUGUAUCAGCUGCAGUAUAAUUGUUCAGAUGAUGAAGUCCUGAUCUACAGGUAA